CCCUCUCUCUUCCACUCAGUUGGAGACUUGACGCCACCACAGCAAGAUCACAGUCCUCCUUCCGAGCAUCCUGCUCAGGAAUUACACAGCGGAUAAAGCAACAACAAUAACAGGCAACAGCAACAAGGAGGAGGAAGACAGAGACAGGACAAUCAAUACAAUGCGCUGCAGGAGAACGAGGGAGCGAGAAAGUCACUAAAGCGGACGUCUUUCUACAGCGGCCAGCUCUUCCCCUCUCUGUUAUCUGCCUCUCCUGCUUCUUUUGCUGUGUCCCAUCUUUCAUUCAGUACCUGUUAAGUGGGAUUAACAUGACUUAAAAUUCAAUCAGCCUGUCGGGAGAACGGGAGCUGAGACGGAGCGGGCUGCAGCUGUUGAGAGGAGAGACGGAGAGAGGGAAGCGAGAGAGACGGGUGUUUUUCCACGGAGCAGAUAGAGGGACGUGACUGUUGAAGAGGAAUGAUCCGAGAAACACGGUUUGAUGUGUGCUUCGCUACCUGCAUGGAGAACGAGCUCCUCCGAAGGAUGGAAAAAUGAAAGCGGACCAGUGUGUGAGAGCGAAAAGAAGCGGCGAGAGCCAGAUGAAUAAGUAAGGUGGAGGAGGUGAUCGACCCCCAGGAGUUUGCCACAGGUUCAGUGCCAGCAGGAGGACGUCGGAUCAAAACAUAACUAAUGGGAUUUGAAAUCAUUCUUGGAUCCAGAUUGGGAAUACCGUGUCGGAGUCCAGCCAGUGAUUCAGGAUUUUCUUCGCCUAAGAGGAUAUAACUGGAAUUUAUGACACUCUGACAGUGACCUACAUUUGCCAUCAUCUGAUGUGUGUGUGUGCUUAAGAGUGAGGUGUGCGGUCAGUGGGUAGCACCACCACCCUGGUCCCACCGUGAAUUCAGGAAGGCUGCCUCUGGGACUCACACCAACCUGGAUAACAUGUGGAGCUGAUUUGCAUGAUAGAGCAGACUAAUAAGGUCUGUGGCUAGCCAGGCGAUCUACCAUGCCUGUCCCCCCACCCCUUCAUCCCCGCAGACACAAACACAAGCCCCACACACACCUUUUCCCAAAACACCCAGCCUCCCCACCUCCCAGCCACUCUGUCGCUCUAACUUCACCUGUCUUCAUCCCAUCUUCGUCAUCUCACCUUGUUCACUGUGCCUGUCCGAGACCUGUCCCCUUUCCGGCUUUACAUUGGCUAACUCUGGUUACAUGCUGCUUGCUUCCAUCGCUUAUUGGAGCAGGAGAGACGUGGGGCAUGGUCUCAGCCUGCCCUUUCCACUGUGUGUGUCGGAAUCUGUCAGAGUCACUCAGCACACUUUGUGCCGACAAAGGACUUUUGUUUGUGCCGCCACACGUGGACAGAAGAACGGUCGAGCUCCGGCUGGCUGACAACUUUAUCACCGAAGUGGGAGGGAAUGACUUUGUCAACAUGACCGGAUUGGUCGACCUAACGCUGUCACGCAACACCAUCCACCUGAUCAAACCGAUGGCCUUCUCUGACCUGGAGAGCCUUCGAUCACUACAUCUGGAUGGUAAUCGGCUGACCACAGUGGGGCCACGAGAUCUCUCUGGCUUGGUGAACCUGCAACAUCUGAUCAUAAACAACAAUCAGCUGAUUAAAGUGUCGGUCCAGGCCUUCGAUGACUUCUUGCUCACGUUAGAAGACCUGGACAUGUCGUACAACAACCUACGGAGAGUCCCAUGGGAGUCCAUACAGAACAUGGCCAGUCUACACACUCUGAACUUGGACCACAAUUUGAUUGACCACAUCGCUGAGGGGGUCUUUGGUGAACUGUACAAGCUGGCCCGACUGGACAUGACAUCGAACAGACUCAGGACUCUGCCUCCUGACCCACUAUUUGCACGGUCCCAGACUGGUGCCAUAAGUCCGACACCGUACAAUGCUGUCAUCAGCCUCAACUUUGGGGGAAAUCCUCUUCAUUGCAACUGCGAGUUGUUAUGGUUACGGCGACUGAUUCGUGGAGAUGACAUGGAGACAUGUGCCACGCCCAGUCACCUCGCAGGAAGGUACUUUUGGUCCAUACCAGAGGAGGAGUUCACCUGUGAGCCGCCCCUCAUUACCCGCCACACGCACAAGUUGUGGGUGUUGGAGGGCCAGAGAGCAACGCUGAAGUGUCGUGCAAUUGGUGACCCAGAGCCAGUCGUCCACUGGGUUUCUCCAGAUGACCGUAUCAUCGGCAACUCAUCCAGGACCAGUUCCUUCAGCAACGGUACCUUGGAUGUUCUAGUAACUGUUGCCCGGGACGAUGGCGAAUACACUUGUAUCGCAAUAAAUGCAGCAGGCGAGGCCACUGCCAAAGUCGACCUGAAGAUCAUCCCGUUGCCUCAUCGCGGUGGGACGACCGGGAAUAACAACAUCAACAUCAAGGUCGGCAAGAACAUAACUAGUGGGAUUUUAUGGAGUGAUCCAGGCUCAUCAGAUAUUAGCACUGGUAAAAAUGGAGGGAUGAACAACAAUGGCGCAGGGCGAGGCGGAGGAGAAGGGGAGGAAGGGAGGAAGGCUGGUCGAGAGGAGGACGAAAUUGUGAUAGAUGCCGCGUCGACAGUUGAGAGGACGGCUAAAGGAGGCAGCAUGGAAGUCGAGGACAUUGAAGAGGAAGAGGAAGAGCGUCGUUUGGUUGGAGUGCAAAGUGUGACCUCAACGUCAGCUCAGGUCCGGUGGGAUAUGGGCCGUUUGUCUGGAGCUUAUGUUGUUUGGAUGUAUCAGAUACAAUACAACUGCACUGCCGACGAGACCCUCAUCUACAGGAUUCUUCCAUCCACCAGUGACAGCUUCCUGUUAAAGAACCUGGUGUCUGGGGCAGACUAUAACUUGUGUGUUCUCGCCAUCUUCGACGAUUCCAUCACCUCAUUGGCCGCAACUAAAGUGUUGGGCUGCACCACUUUUUCCACGAAGGAUGUGUACCCAGCAUGCCGAUCUCUGCAAGCCCACUUCCUGGGUGGGACUUUGACAAUUUUAGUGGGCGGAGUGGUGGUGGUGACACUGCUCGUCUUCACAGUGGCAUUAAUGGUUCGCCAUCGUGUUUGCAGUCCAGGCGACCAUCUGAUAUGCCACAAUGGCAACACAGAGGCAGGGGGAGGAUCCUGCUGCCAAGGAGGCGGAAUAGGAGGAGGUGACAAAGGUGGGAACAGCAGUGGGUGCUAUCAAUCAAAUGGCUCAGGAGACAUGAUGAUGGUGGUCUUGCCGAACGGUGUGCCUUCCAAGAGAGGAGGAGAGAAAGGGGAAAAGGAAAAUGUCGAUUCUGGCUCAUCAUUGCCCCCUAAACUCCCUCCAAAACCAAGAGCCAAACCUAAAGUGAACCUGGAGCAGUUCUUGUCUGCAGGGGGUGUGGUUUCAACCACAACAACCGGUGGAGGAGGGGAAAUGGCUCUUGUGGUGCGGCAGAGGAAGGUGGACAAGGUUCCACUGUAUACACCUGACUGUGACAGAACUCCGCUCUACUACACCCCCUCUCCUUCAUCCACACUCCCACGUCAGUCCCGGAGUCCUAAGCCUCAUCUGGAGAGACGGUUAGCCAAUCGGGCAAGUUUCUCUCUGGCACCACCUUUGAGAGAUGCAGAGCUGCUCGAAUGGAGGAUUAACCCUCGUAGUCGUGACAAAUGGAAGUCCUCAGAGGCCUAUCAAAGCCCAGAGUCCCCCUUAAACUCUUUGCACGGAACUGUAAGCAAACGUAGACACUCCCUGGAUAUGGGCACCUCUGUGGCCUUAGCAACAGAUGCAGCAGCCACAGUUGCGAAGCGAUACGGUGCCAUGAAUUAUGCCAAGCGGCUAAGCGUGAUCUGGACAAGGCGUAGUCAGUCACUGCAUGGAAUGUUGGUGCAGUGCACAUCGACCACCAGUACAACGUCCAGUGAGGAAGGCGAGGGUGGUGGAGGAUAUGGAUUUCACCGUGGAUUCAUUCAUGCAUAUAACACCACAAACUCUAACUCCAACACUGGGAUUCUGGCUGGAAUGGAGAGCUUUGCAAAGGACAACGCACGGGAGAAAGGUAAAGAUGGGAGAAGUGCGGAAGAGCUGGAGGAAAGCGUAGUUUAGGAGAUUGAAAAUGGAAACGUAAGGACUAGUUUGGAUGCAUACAGACUCUUUGUUUGAAGGAAAAUUAAUUCCAAUAUGUGUGGCAAAAAAACACCAGGACAUCAGGGGAAAAAGUCAAGAGUUAAAAUUAAGUAGACCCUGAAAGCCUCCAGAUUGUAAACAAGAGCGAGCAGAUAUUUAUAGAGCGCGGAGGAGAUGAGAUGAAGCUGUGUAAUCCGAUGUCGAUGGAGAACAAAGGCUCAACAGCAGAGUUAUGGAAGGUGUGAGCUCAGCCAGGAUCUCUGAAAAUCCAGAGCACUAAUCGAACAAACACUUCAACUCUCCAGAGUCUCCGCCCCCCACACACUCUAAGCUUAAAAUAUACAACCUGGAGGAAAAAACAAAAACAAACAUGAAUCCUGAUUGCAAAGAGCACAGAGUUUAAAUAUUACAGAAGCACAGUGAAUGUGACUGGUGUGUCCCAGGGACAUGACUUUGGAUUAUAGGAACAUAAGUACACAAGCUGGACUACCAAGAUCGAUGGGAACCGAGCAAGCAGACGUUAUUAAAGGAAAGACUGAGAAUUGCACACAGUUGAUGUGGAUUACAGGCCAAAAGCGAUGGUGGCUUUCAACCUGUGAGACAAAUGUGCGGCUGUAUGUUGUGUGAGCUCCAUUUGUGAGCACUGUGUGGGACUGUAUGUCAGUUUACCAGCGUGUAUGUCUCAUCUGUAUCUGUGUGUGCGCUCAGGUGUGUGUUAAUGAAUGCAGCAACCAUCAGAGGUCAUGGGUGAGUUUGUGUGAGAGUGCACUUAUGUAUGCAUCAUCGGAGUGCAAUGUUGAACAACUUCUGCCCCAAAGUGGGGAAAGUCUUGAAUGGGAUCCAAACUUUUUUGGAUUCAGUUCAAUCCCUUACUGCGAAUGUUAUUCAGAAUGGAACUGGACGAGAACCAGAGGAGUGUUGAUUAAAGACUUAAGGGAUGAGAGCAUACCCUCAACAGAAAAUACACCAACAAAAGGUAUGUUCGGUAUAUAUAUAGAUAUAUCUCUAUAAAUAAAUAUAGAAUAAUAAUUGUCGCACCAUGUAUUUGUUUUUCAACAUUUCUUAUGGAAUGACUAAACUAUCAUAAAUUGUGCUUUUUUGCGGGGAGGGGUUCAGAUAUCCAUAGAUUUACAGGGAUGGUCACAGAGACUAACAAUUGCCUCUUAAACCAGUAAUGUGAACUUUCAAUAUCACUCUUGCUUUGUGGAUUUCAUUCAUUUUGCCAAAGUCGAUAAUCGUUCUGUGUAUUGAUGUAAAUAAAGAUUACAUGUACGAAAACAAAAGAUGUGUCAAGCUUGUUGCUUCAGAAUUUUGUUUGGGCACAUGAAGGUUUCUUCGUAGCAGUGACACAACAUACUCCGAUAAUAAGUGACGAUACAUCACCUGACUAAGUCUGGAAUGGUACUGUACUUGACAAGUGAUGUGCCACUAAAUGGUAUGAGGAUAUAAACCACUUCACAAGAAAGAAAAAAAAUGCUGUUUUUAUUAACUUUAUUUACGCUAACAACUGUGGAUCAAACGUAAAUAUGAUUAAGCAAUUUUUAAAUGUAAAAUUUCAUGUAUUUUUUAUAAUUGCAAUGAGAGAAAAACAGACACUGUAAAAUAGAGAACAGGGAAAUGGACACCUUCAAAAUAACGAACGAGUAGUAGUUAUUAUUCAAAUUAGGGGUGUGGCAAAAUAUUGCGGUAUUUCAUCUGACCCGACUCAUGGG